AUGGCGCCGGUAAAUGGUGAACACACGAAGAGAAAGGCGUCUGAAGACGCAUCCUCCUCGCGUUCAAAGAAAGCCCGCACUGAAUCUCCUGCUCUUGAUGAUGCGGCCAAGCACGAAGAGUCUAAUUCGACGACUGCGCAGUCUGAAUCAGAUCCCCUAAUUACGCCUACCCCAGUCGAUUUUCCAGAAAAGCCCGCAGUCUUGGAGGAGAAGCAAGGUCUAAUCGAGUUUCGCGUGGUCAACAAUGACAAUUCAAGAGAAAGCAACAUCAUCUUGACUGGUCUGAAAUGCAUUUUCCAGAAGCAGCUUCCCAAAAUGCCGAAAGAUUACAUUGCUCGUCUCGUGUAUGACAAGACACACCUUUCGAUUGCUAUCGUCAAGCAGCCUCUUGAAGUGGUCGGUGGCAUCACGUACAGACCUUUCAAUGCACGUAAAUUUGCCGAAAUCGUCUUCUGCGCCAUUUCGUCCGACCAACAGGUCAAAGGCUAUGGGGCUCAUCUCAUGGCUCACUUGAAGGACUACGUCAAAGCAACUUCCCCGAUCAUGUACUUCCUCACUUACGCCGAUAACUACGCGAUCGGUUAUUUCAAGAAACAAGGAUUCACAAAGGAGAUUACUCUGGAGAAGUCUAUUUGGAUGGGCUACAUCAAGGAUUACGAGGGUGGAACAAUCAUGCAGUGCAGCAUGUUGCCAAAGAUUCGUUAUCUCGAAGUUCCGCGUAUGCUCCAAAAGCAGAAGGAAGCUGUCAUGGCAAAGAUCCGAGCAGUUAGCAAGUCCCAUAUUGUCCACCCCCCCCCGGCCCAGUGGAAGAACGGCAUUUGCGAAAUCGACCCCAUGUCGAUUCCCGCGAUUAAAGAAUCAGGGUGGUCGCCAUCUAUGGAUGAAUUGUCUCGUCAACCUCGUCAUGGUCCCAACUACAAUCAACUUCUCCAUUUGCUCAACGACAUGCAAAACCACACCGCUGCGUGGCCGUUUGCGCAACCGGUCAACAAGGACGAGGUGCCUGAUUACUAUGAAGUCAUCAAAGAACCAAUGGAUCUUUCUACAAUGGAGGAUCGCCUUCAGAAUGACUUGUAUCCGAGACCAGAGGACUUUAUCAAAGAUGCCAAGCUCAUCUUUGACAAUUGUCGCCGUUACAACAAUGAGACCACACCCUAUGCGAAGAGUGCCAAUAAACUGGAGAAGUUCAUGUGGCAACAGAUCAAGAACAUCCCAGAGUGGUCGGUAAGUACUUAUUUCCUGAAAUUCUAG